UCCUCUUCUGGUUUGAUUUCUUCAUUUCGUCAACGACUCCAUUUAUUAAUUCAUUCCGGUCAGUCUUCUUUCUCUUCUUCCUCCUCUCUGGACUCAGCCUUUCCAACUCAUUUGUCAAUUUUGCUGUGAUUUAAGCGACACUUGCAGGUAAGCUUAUUUAUCGCUGGUGGAGAAGAAAUCAGAUCAGAAUAGAAGAAGAAGAAGAAGAAGAAGAAGAAGAUAAGUAGAGAAGAUCGAAAACCAGAUCAUAAAAUUAACCAUGUAUGGAGAUUGUCAAGUUCUCUCAACCAUGGGCCCCAAUUCCAUCAAUCCCUCCGACGCCACUUCCCUCUACCCGCCGCCGGCGCCGGCGCCGCCGUCGAUCCACACCCCCAACUUCAACUUCAUGGCCAACAUUAACCCUUUCAGCAUGUUCGCCACACCGAUCAUACCAAAAGAAGAAUCUGUAAUCGCCAAGAACAAAGAAGAACUCGAAAGCGGCUCCGGCAGCGAGCACAUGGAAGGAAUCUCCGGCAACGAGCAGGAAUCCGAUCAGCUACAGCCUCAGGCCAAGAAAAAACGAUACCACCGCCACACCUCUCGUCAGAUCCAAGAAAUGGAAUCGUUGUUCAAAGAGUGCCCACAUCCAGACGACAAGCAGCGGCUCAAACUCAGCCAAGAUCUCGGCCUCAAGCCACGACAGGUCAAAUUCUGGUUCCAGAAUCGACGAACUCAAAUGAAGGCGCAACAAGACAGGCAGGAUAAUGUGGUGCUUCGGGCUGAAAAUGAGAGCUUGAAGAACGAGAACUAUCGUCUGCAGGCCACAUUGAGGAAUGUCGUCUGCCCUAAUUGUGGAGGGCCUGCCAUGCUUGGGGAGAUGGGGAUCGAUGAGCAGCAGAUUCGAAUCGAAAAUGCUCGCCUGAAGGAGGAGUAUGAUCGGAUGUGCUGCCUAAUCUCGCAGUACACGGGCCGGCCGAUGCAGCCGAUGGCGCCACCGUCGCUGCUGGCUCCUUCAUCCCUCGAUUUGGACAUGAGUGUUUAUCCGAGAAAGUUCGAUCAAGACAACAUAAUCACUAGCUGCCCUCCGGAUCAAGCCAUGAACAUUCCUCUACCCUUCAUCCCCGAAAACUCGAAUUUCCAUGGAAACAUCAUGAUCAUGGAGGAGGAGAAAUCUCUGGCCCUCGACGUCGCCUUGUCCUCCAUGGACGAGCUUUUGAAGAUGUGUCGCAACGGGGAACCUCUUUGGCUGUGCGGAGGGAAGCGGUUAGUGCUGAAUGUCGAAGAGUACGCAAGAAUGUUUUCUUGGUCAUCUUUGGAUGGGAUGAAGCAGCCGCCGCCCCGCAAGUUUAGGACCGAAGCGAGUAAAGACACUGCCGUUGUUAUAAUGAAUAGCAUCACCCUCGUCGAUGCAUUUCUUGACGCGAACAAAUGGAUGGAGCUCUUCCCUUCGAUAGUUUCCCGGGCGAAAGUUCUUCAAGUGGUACACUCUGAGAUUUCUGGUCAUGCUAACGGUUCUCUUUAUCUGAUGUACGCCGAGCUCCAAGUUUUGUCGCCGUUGAUCCCAACAAGAGAGGCACAUUUUCUUCGGUAUUGCCAACACAAUGCCGAGGAGGGAACUUGGGCGAUUGUCGACUUCCCCCUCGAUGGUUUUCAGAAUGGCUAUCCACCUUCUUUGCCUUACUACAAACGUCGCCCUUCCGGAUGCGUUAUACAAGACAUGCCUAAUGGAUACUCGAGGGUUACAUGGGUUGAGCAUGCCGAGGUAGAGGAUGGUUCGAUUCAUCAAGUUUUUGAUAGCUUGGUGACAAGCGGAGUUGCCUUUGGCGCGCAACGAUGGCUAGCCGUUAUGCAGCGACAAUGUGAGAGGCUCGCUAGCCUUAUGGCUCGAAAUAUAUCGGAUCUUGGAGUGAUCCCGUCUCCGGAAGCGCGGAAAAGUAUGAUGAAUCUUGCUCAAAGGAUGAUCCGGACAUUUUGUCUCAACAUAAGCACUUCUUGUGGACAAUCUUGGACAGCCCUCUCAGAUUCUGCCGAUGACACCGUUAGAAUCACGACUAGGAAAGUUACUGAUCCGGGACAGCCCAACGGCCUUAUCCUCAGCGCCGUGUCAACAACUUGGCUUCCGUUCCAACACAACCUCGUCUUCGACUUCUUGAGAGAUGAGCGCCGUCGAGCUCAGCUCGAUGUCCUUUCCAACGGGAACUCGCUACACGAAGUGGCGCACAUCGCCAACGGCUCCCAUCCUGGGAAUUGCAUCUCCCUUCUCCGCAUCAACGUUGCUAGCAACUCGUCGCAAAGCGUCGAGCUAGUCCUUCAAGAGAGCUGCUCCGAUGACUCCGGCAGCCUCGUCGUCUACACGACAAUCGACGUCGAUGCAAUCCAAAUGGCGAUGAACUGCGAGGAUCCCUCCUGCAUUCCUCUCCUCCCGUUAGGAUUCGUCAUUGUCCCCGCCACCCACAACGAGGCCGUCAAGCACCACCACCAGCAGGCGGAAAACUCCAGCCAGGCGGCGGCUGCACCGCCAGGCUGUCUGCUGACCAUAGGUCUGCAAGUCCUGGCCAGCACAAUCCCUACUGCAAAGCUCAAUCUCUCCAGCGUGACUGCCAUUAACCACCAUCUCUGCAACACUGUCCAGCAGAUCAACGCAGCUCUCGGCGGAACCGACAAUGUCGAACCGCCGGCGCCAGCGACUGGUCUCUCCACCUCCACCUCCACAUCCUAAUGCGGUAAUUAAGGAAGAUGAAUUAAUGGCAGCGGUUCUGUGUAAUAAUCAAUGACAUAUAUAUAUAUAUAUAUAUAUUAGUAUAUAUAUAGCUAGGUUGCGUCGAUGGAAGUCUGCGAGUUACUGUUAUGUAUGAUGUCCUGGGAAUCGGGGAGUCAAGAGCGCACCAGAUAUGAUCCUUGCGGGGUGUCGAGACAAUUUGGAUAUUGUCGUCUUCCUCGUUGUCGUCGACAUCCUGCAAUGGGUGGUGGUUCGGGAAUUGACUUCCUUAAAACUCAUGACUCUCUACAUAUAUAUAUAUAUGUGUGUGUGUGUGUUUUGUUAGGUCUUGUCUGUUGCUUGAUUCCUUUUGCUCAGUGCAAACUUAUUUAACUAUGAACUUUUAGGUCUCAAUCUUCGUCUUCUUCUUUCA